AUGCGGAAGGAGGAACAUUUAUCUCAAGUAUACUCCAUGACGUUGCUCUUGUUAAGGUACACAUUUAGGAGAUAUGCAGUAACAAGAUACAAGGAACAGCACAAAUCGAAACAAAAAUCGCGGAAGCUGAAAGGCAAAGUGGCGAUAGUGACUGGUGGUGCCAGUGGAAUUGAGGAAGCAACAGCACGCCUUUUUGCCAUACACAGCGCACAGUCCGUUGUCAUAGCCGACAUCCAAGAUGAAAAAACAGAGCCUGUGGCUGCAUCCAUCCCUUCACAGAUUUGGAGCUACGUGCAAUGCGAGGUGAGUGAUGAAAAUCAAGUGAAAGCCAUGGUGGAUUGGACGGUCCAGCAAUUCGGUCAGCUGGACAUCAUGUUCAGUAACUCAGGAUCCAAUGAGUUCAUUAUGAAACAGAGGGAACAAACAAGGUUUCUCACCGUGUUCGGUAUCCAAUUGGACAAUUUUAGAGCCUGA